AAGAAGGAGGAGGAGGUGGAGGAGGAGGAGGAGUGGAGAGGAGGAGCAGGGGGUGGAGGAUGGAGCCCCGGGCAGCCGCGGCGGGGUCGCCCGAACCCGCGGCGGCGUCCUCCUCUUUCCAGGCCCGGCUCUGGAAGAACCUGCAGCUGGGGGUGGGCAAGAGCAAGGGCGGCGGGGGCGCGCGGGCAGGGGGCCCAGAGCGCCGCACUGCGGACACCCCAUCGCCCUCCCCGCCACUCCCGAGGGGCAGGCGGGACGCACCGGCCGGCGUGGGUGUCGCGGGCAGCAGGUGGAGCGGCUUCAAGAAGCGCAAGCAAGUGCUGGACCGCGUCUUCUCCUCCUCCCAGCCCAACCUGUGCUGCUCCUCGCCGGAGCCUCUCGAGCCCGGCGGCGCCGGCAGAACCGAGCAGGGGUCCACCCUGCGCCGCCGGAUCCGUGAGCAUUUGCUCCCGGCGGGAAAGGGGCAGACCACGACCGCCGGAGCAGCGGGAGGGACGCCUCCUGGCGGACGCUCCCCGGACUCGGCUCCCUCUUCGUCCUCCGCCUCAUCCUCCCUGUCCUCCUCGCCCCAGCCGCCCGCGAGGGGGGACCGCGCCCGAGAUGAGGGUGCACGGCGUCGGGGCCCCGAGGCGCACUUGUGCCAUCAAAAGAGUUCAUCCCUGCCGGGUACUGCCUGCCUGGAGCAGCUGCUGGAACCGCCGCCGCCUCCCGCAGAGCCAGCUCAGAGCCCGGUGCAGCCGCGGACCCCGGAGAAGGGCGAGGAGCUCGGCAGCAGCCAGAAAAUAAAUACUGCUGGAACCAGUAAUGCAGAUGUCCCCCUGGCUGAUCCCGGAAUGUACCAAUUGGACAUUACAUUAAGAAGGGGUCAAAGUUUAGCUGCCCGAGAUCGAGGAGGGACGAGUGAUCCCUACGUGAAGUUUAAAAUUGGAGGAAAAGAAGUUUUUAGAAGUAAAAUAAUACACAAGAACCUCAAUCCUGUGUGGGAGGAGAAAGCCUGCAUUUUUGUCGAACAUCUGAGGGAACCUUUGUAUAUCAAGGUAUUUGACUAUGAUUUUGGACUACAGGAUGACUUUAUGGGCUCGGCGUUUCUGGAUCUCACACAAUUGGAGUUGAACAGGCCCACAGAUGUGACCCUAACAUUGAAAGAUCCCCAUUAUCCUGAUCAUUACCUUGGAAUCAUUUUGCUCUCCGUCAUCCUUACCCCUAAAGAAGGAGAACACAGGGAUGUGACAAUGCUAAUGAGGAAGAGCUGGAAAAGGUCAAGUAAGGAUCUCUCAGAAAAUGAAGUGGUUGGAUCUUAUUUCUCUGUGAAGUCUUUCUUUUGGAGGACAUACGGCAGGCCUUCUCUUCCCGACCUGGGCUUCUGCAGAGCAGAGCUUCAGAGUACGUAUGACCAAAAUGCACAAUUUCAGACCCAAAGUUUACGUCUAUCAGACGUCCACAGAAAAUCACAGCUUUGGAGAGGAAUAGUCAGCAUCACGUUGAUUGAGGGACGAGAUCUCAAGGCAAUGGAUUCAAAUGGGUUGAGUGACCCCUAUGUGAAGUUCCGGCUUGGGCAUCAGAAGUAUAAGAGCAAGAUUAUGCCAAAAACUUUGAAUCCUCAGUGGAGGGAACAAUUUGAUUUUCAUCUCUAUGAAGAAAGAGGCGGAAUCAUUGAUAUCACUGCCUGGGACAAAGAUGCUGGGAAAAGGGAUGAUUUUAUUGGCAGGUGCCAGGUGGACCUGUCGUCCCUCAGUAGGGAGCAGACACACAAGUUGGAGUUGCAGCUGGAAGAGGGUGAGGGGCACCUGGUCCUGCUGGUCACCCUGACAGCUUCGGCCACAGUCAGCAUCUCUGACCUCUCCGUCCACUCCCUGGAGGACCAGAAAGAACGGGAGGAAAUCUUAAGGAGAUAUAGCCCAUUGAGGAUAUUUCACAACCUGAAAGAUGUGGGAUUUCUCCAGGUGAAAGUAAUCAGAGCAGAAGGAUUGAUGGUUGCUGAUGUCACAGGUAAAAGUGACCCAUUUUGUGUAGUUGAGCUGAACAAUGAUAGGCUGCUGACACAUACCGUCUACAAAAAUCUCAAUCCCGAGUGGAACAAAAUCUUCACGUUCAACAUUAAAGAUAUCCAUUCAGUUCUUGAAGUGACAGUUUAUGAUGAAGAUCGGGAUCGAAGUGCUGACUUUCUGGGCAAAGUUGCUAUACCAUUGCUGUCUAUUCAAAAUGGUGAACAGAAAGCCUACGUCUUGAAAAACAAGCAGCUGACAGGGCCAACAAAGGGGGUCAUCUAUCUUGAAAUAGAUGUGAUUUUUAAUGCUGUGAAAGCCAGCUUACGAACAUUAAUACCCAAAGAACAGAAGUACAUUGAAGAGGAAAACAGACUCUCUAAACAGCUGCUACUAAGAAACUUUAUUAGAAUGAAGCGCUGUGUCAUGGUGCUCGUAAACGCUGCGUACUUCGUUAAUAGUUGCUUUGACUGGGACUCACCCCCAAGGAGCCUCGCUGCUUUUGUGCUCUUUCUCUUUGUUGUCUGGAACUUUGAGCUCUACAUGAUACCACUGGUUCUGUUGUUACUAUUGACAUGGAACUACUUCUUGAUAAUAUCAGGGAAAGAUAACAGGCAACGUGAUACGGUAGUGGAGGACAUGCUGGAGGACGAGGAAGAAGAAGAUGACAAAGAUGACAAGCUAUUAGGUCAAGGUUACUGUGUUUCAAGAUAACUAGAUGCAGUGAGUGAAACUUAUCUGACUUACUUCAAAAUACGCAGUUUGCUUGCUUUAAUUCUCAAAAUCUGUGUUAUCUGGUUUGAUUCUCCAGCCCUAAACAUGUAUAUAAUAUACCGAUAUGCAUACAUCUCUGCAUCUGAAAUCAAGCAUGGGAGGAAGGAGAUAACUCUAAUGUGUGAGAGGAGAGAAGAUUUCAAUCAGAAAAAAUGGCAUUUUCUAGUUAUAUUCAAUGAAAUAAUUACAUGGUGGGGAAGCCGAUCAAAGCUUUGGAGAAAGGCAGGGAAAGAGGAGUCAAGAAAAAAAUUCUUAAAAAGAAAUCUUAACUCACAUUUAACUGAAAUAGCAUUGUAUUAGUUUAUUGGUUUUCUACUACUGCAUAACAAAUGGCCACAAACCUGGAGGCUUACAACAAACCGCAUGUAUUAGCUCUCAGCAGGGUAGGUCAGAAGUGUAGGCAUAGCUCAACUGGGUUCUGUGCUCAGUCUAAUUCUCAAGUCAUCAGUCGGGCUGAGUUCUCAUUUGAGGCUCUGCAGAAAAACCCACUUCCAAUCUUACUUGGGCUGUUGAUAGAAUUCAGUUCCUUGUAUUUGGAGAACUGAAGCCCUUAUUUUUCUUGUUGGCUUUUCACUCCUUGUGGUCACUUUCCAUGGUCCUUUCCAUCUUUAUAUCCAUCAAUAGACAAUAUCCCUCCUGACAAAUCUCUUUCACACUUGAACUCUCUUCAGGAAGAGCCUAGUCCCUGUUAAAGGUUCACCUGAUUAGGCCAGGCCCACCAAAGGUAAUCCUUUCUUAAAGUCCACUCUGCCAUAUAACAUAACCUAAUCACGGGAUGACCAUCCCAUUGUAUUCUUUAUUCCUUUCACAUACAAGGGAAGGGGAUUAUACAGAACAUGUACACCAGGAAGUGGGAAUCUUGGCAGUCAUCUUAGAAUUCUGCCUACUACAAUCAUCUAGACCUACUAGUUCGAAUUUAUUUUAAAAUGGGGAAAUUGCUUCAGCCAAACAUAGGUGCAUUGCCAAAAGUGAUAUUGACAAUGAGUGGCAGAGCCAGGGCUGACACUCAGGUUUUCCCAAGUUAGGCAUCUUUACCAUUCUUAAAAACUAAGUUUUCCAGGAGAAUGAAAGUUAAAGAACAGAUGCAGAUUACCUUAGACCUGAUCUUCUGGUAUUCUGGUAGUAUAAUCAGGGAGUAUACCAUCUAAACCAGCGAGGUGCUCUUCCAGGUUUCUAGCUCCUCACACUCUUCUUGUGCUUUCUGCCCUUUCCCACUGUCCCAGCUAAGUCGUGGUGUGGUGGGCAGAAUAAUAACUGCUCAAAGAUGUUCUCAUCCUAAUCCCUGGAACCUCUAUUACACUGCAUGGCAAAGAGGCCCCGAGGUAGCCAAUGAGGUGAAGGUUGCUGAUCAGCUGACCUUCUAAGAGUUGGAUUAUGCUGGAUUCUAUGAGUGGACCCAAAUUAAUAGUAAGCAUCCUUAAAAGCCUAAGAAGCCAUCAAAGUGGCCACCCCUUGCCCAGCUAUGGCCCAAGCCAGUGCUCUGGACCUUCCUGGCCAGAAGGAGAGCUGCUGAGACAUCUGGAGGACCUGAAGGUAGAGCUCCUCCAGCUGCAAGUCACCAACAUUACAGGCCGUGCAGGGUCCAAGGUCUCCAAGAUCUGAGCUGUCUAUAAGCCCCUCACCCUUGUUCUCACCAUCAUUCACCAGACUCAGAAGGAGAACCUCAGGAAAUUCUACAGCCCCAAGAAAAGGUGCGCCCUGUACCAUAGGCUCAAUGAGCACUAGGAGAAGCUGAAGGCAAAGAAACAGCAGCAGAAGGACCAGCUGUACAGCAUCUAGUGUGGGGGCGGAUGGAGUCAAGGCCAGAGCCCUGACAUUAAGCCAACAAACUGAUGGGGGGCAGGGUGGUGUUAGAGGGUUGAGCUGCUCUCUGGGCCUUGAAGAUAGAGGAGGGUGGCCACAAACCAAGAAUUGUGGGCAGCCUUUAGAAGCUGGAAAGGGCAAGGAAAUGGAUUCUCCCCUAGAGCCUCCAGAAAGAAAUGCGGCCCUACCCACAUCUUGAGUUUAGCCCAGUGAGACUCAUUUCUGACUUCUAGAUUGCAGAACUUUGAGUUAAUAAAUUUGUGUUGUUUAAGCCAAUAGGUUUAUACUUUAUAGUGGCAAUAGGAACUAAUACCGGUGCCUUCCAACUGCAUUUUCCAUACUUACAAUAGUACAUUUUAAAGCACUAGAUCUGAGCUCCUAAUUUUUUCCUUAUUAACUUAACGCUAUUUUUCUGUAUGAAUAUGGCUACGCAGUUUUUCAUUCAAUAUGGAAACUAAGAACAGUAUAACAAAGCAAUUUUUUUCUUUUUUUCAUUUUAUUUUUUCAGUGUUCCAAGAUUCAUUGUUUAUGUACCACAGCCAGUGCUCCAUGCAAUACGUGCCCUCCUUCAUACCCACCAUUAGGCAAAUAUUUUUAUCCAAAUUGCCUUAGUUUUUAUUCAGAAAAGCUUGCCUAGAAAUAAGAGUGGGUUUGUACUCAUGUCUGUGCACUUGGUUACUUUCCUGUGUAGGAGCCUGUAUUCUUCAUUGGUGAGUGCGGCACCAAGUCAUGGUUAACUUGCUUUUUCCACAGAAGAAUUCCGCUUCCUCAGAACAUUCAUUCUAUUCCUCAAAACAGUUCACUCCAUGAAGCAUCAGGGCAGAGGGUAUUAGCCCUACUCAGGUCACAGACCCUUUGAAAAUCUGAAGAAAACUGUAGACUUCUUCCUUGCCGGUGGGUGUGGGGGGAGACACAUAAACACAUACACAAAAACUUUUUCAUGCCUUUUUUAUUGCAAUGGAAAUAGAAUGAUUUUUACAGAGACUAUAAAAUUUCUUUAUAAAGUCAUAUCUCUGUGGCUCUCACUACCUUCCUCUUGACAUUAAUGCCUGGCAUCCUCAAACACCUGAGAUAAAUGCAAAUUGUCCAAGUAAAAAUAAAGUUUAGUUCAGCUCAGAAGUAAGCCUCUACAAGAAGGCUGAUGUUUGGCUUUGAUAUUGAAAUUAUGAGUGGUUUUUGACAUAGCAAUAGGCUUGUUAUUUUUGACAUCUGUUUGAGUAUGACUUUUCAGUUGCAUGGAAUACGUGCUUAAAACACCAACUUGGCAAGAGAAAACAGUAGCAAACAGAAUGGGAGCUGCUGUGGCUUUAUUCGAUGAGGGUUAAGCACAGAGGAAUUCCUCCAGUUCUCCAAAGUCCUGGUUGAAUUUAUGUUCUGUUGUGUUGAGUAGAUCAUCUUUUAACACGUCUGCAUCAUUAAUGCCUCAUCAUUUAAAAAAAAAAAAAAAAA